UACAGGCAAACCAGCAAGAGUUAAAGGCCACAAGCGUUGACUAAUGCUGGAGAUAGUUUUGGCGAAUGGAGUCUUUGUUCUCUGCUCUGAUGGGAGGGGUUACAGAUAAAGUUUUUCUUCUUUUAGACAUUGCUGCCAUUUGGCUCCCUUCCCCCAAAUGAGUGUGUCUCAGUAAUGAGUCUGCUGAAUAUCUUCAUUGAUUGUGUGAUGUACAGCUUUAAGUCAGCAUCAGGGGGGAGAGGGGCUGGCUUCUAACUGUAAAUGUUAUUUAUCUCUAAACAAAGAGAAAUCAGAAUAAACACAAAGGAAGAACCUGAAAUUUGUCAUGACUCAACCAACCUGCUUCUGCAAAAAAGAAGGAAAGAAAAACCCCUCAUGUAACUGUGAGAAGUUUGAGGAACCCCUCCCCCACCUCCACAUGGUGGAGGCUGACGGGAGAAACGUGGAGGAGCUCCACUGGUGGCUGACUUCAGUCCGAAUCCACACCUCAGAACCAGAACACGGACCGGGACCAGGUUUUAAUCUGAACAGGAAGAUGCCGACUCACUCGCUGCUGCCGUACGUGGACAGCCCAGACGGACAUGCCCAGGAUGUUCUCAGCAGCAACACUGCGAGCAUCCCAGGUCCUGGCUGCAGCAUGACUCCACCGUCCACUCUGCUGCCCUCAGGAGGUGCCACUCCUCUGUCCUGCAUGUUCUGUGAGCAGACUUUCGCCCAUCAGGACGACCUCGGCCCCCACGUACUGACUCAGCACCCCACUACCUUUUUUGAGCCAACAGUGCUUCGGGUGGAAGCAGAAUUCAGGAUUCCAGGGGAGAGAACGCGAGCUAAGCCGAGCAGCCUCCCUGUGGAAAACGAGGAAAUCCACAGCUGCAUUGUGUGCGGUCAGGUGGCACAAGAUAGCAGUGAGCUGGAGGCUCAUAUGAGGAAGCACAAGGACUACUUCACAUACUGCUGUAACAUCUGCGGACGGCGCUUCAGAGAGUCCUGGUUUCUGAAAAACCACAUGAAGAUGCAUGUAAAACCAGGAGCAAAGAGCAAGGCUCUGCAGCACCUGGAGACCCCUGUGAUGGUCAACGACGUCAUCCAGGAACCUGCAUCUGAUCCUGUGGUCACGCUUUAUAAGAUGUGCAUGGUUUGUGGGUUUUUCUUCCCGGAUCACGGCAGUUUGGCAGAACACAGUAAAGUCCAUAAUCGAGAGGUGGAGCCCGGAAGAGACGACGAUGGAGCUGCUGGAUCCCAGCAGGAAGCUUUUCUGAGGAUUGUAAACCUUCAGCCUGCUUCUGGAGGUAACGGGAUGAAAAAUGUGAGAUCAUCAAAAUGGAUUCCUCAGCUGGAUCCCUUCAACUCGUAUCAGGCCUGGCAGCUUGCGACCAAGGGGAAGGUAGCAGUCGGACCCAGUAACAGUAAAGAAAUGGGACAGGAAGUCAGCACAGACAAUGAGGACUGUGGCUCCGAUAAGGAGGAGAUGAGUGUUUGGUCUGAGGGCCAAGGGGAGAAAACUGAGAAGGAGGUUCCUGGGAGAGAGCUGCGUUCGCAGGCCAUUUCAGAGGGUCUGAACCUGCCUCGGAGGUCUCUAAUGCAGAAAGAUAAGGACAAAGAAAGGCCCACCACAUGUGAGGAAUGUCAGAGAACGUUCAGGACCUACCACCAGCUGGUUCUGCACUCCAGGGUCCACAAGAGAGACAGAGGUGGUGGAGAUAGUCCAACUUCCUCUGUAGAUAUGAAGCUGCAAAGAACCGGCUCAGUGGAGCCUGCAGAGGAGGGGUCCGAGGAGGGGACGGAAGAAAACCUGGUUUCAGGUGAAGAUGGUUUUGAUCGGUCAAAGGUCAGGUCAAAGGAAUGCAGUUAUUGUGGAAAAUCUUUCAGAUCAAGUUAUUACCUGACAGUCCAUCUGAGGACUCACACAGGUGAGAAACCUUUCAAGUGUGCUUACUGUGAUUACGCUGCUGCUCAGAAGACCUCGCUCAAAUAUCACCUGGACCGGCGUCACAAAGACAAAACUUACGUGGAAAUUCCCGUCAGACCGGGGGCUUCGCUGCCAUCUACUGAUGACAGGAAACAUGGAAACGACUCCUCUCCAGAGAGAUCCGAACUCUGGCUUCCUGAAGCCAGAUCGUCUACGACCGGAGCGGGAGAUGACAGGUUUGACGAGGUUGACGAGCCACGUGUCCAGAUGAACACGGAGUCUGAUGAUGUGUCUCCACCUGUUACCGUGGAGAAGGACGGGGAGAUGAGGAACCGGGACGUUGAGGUCCCAUUAAAUCUGUCUUUAAAAGUGUCUCUGUGUCUUCCUGCUGAUGCAGAACCCAAACCAGUGUUAAACCCGGCGUCCUGCCCGUUCUGUGCCUAUAAAACCAUUUACCCAGAGGUUCUGAUGAUGCACAGACAGCUGACCCAUAAAGACAAGUUUGACAGUACCAGGAGGAACAGGUCUGGAGGUGGUAUGAAACAGAAACGUCACACAGGCUGCCCCCCCGCCCUCGAUGGGAAAGAUGUCGCUCCACUUCUGAUGACUGAUCGGCGCCACCCGCGCCGAACCAAGUCCCCACCUCCACAACCCACAAAACCUCCAGAGGGUGUUUCUGUUAAUCCACCUCAAGGUCCAAAGCGGUCCCCGGGCCCUCCUCGACAGGAUCCUGUCCAGGAGACCCAGCGUUACCAACAGACCCCUGACUUUCGCCCCAGCCAGGAAUCCUCCAGGUUCCCAGAACUCCUGAGAAAGCCCCCCUCAGGCAGCAGGUACUUCUUGGACGGCGGGUGCAUCGCUGAGCGGGGCUACCCGACCAGAACCGGUGCCGUUUGGCACUCUGACGCCGCCCGGCUCUGCCUGUCCAGCGGGUUCGGGAGCCUCCCUAAGAUGGAUUUUGGUGAACCUUCUGGAAAGCGAUUGAAAUUCUCUGUAGCUGCAGGCAGGGAGGCUGAGACUGGAGAGAAGUCUGGAUUCAGAGGAAAACCAGACGGAUCCAGCAGGCUGCUCAUUACAGGGAGGGGGGUGAAAACCACAUCACAGGGACCAGGUCCAGCCACAGCUGCUGAGGCUCUGGGACCAGUAAAGAGUACUGCUACACCUCUUGGAGGAAGUUUGGACUCGGAGUGGAGCAUGAUGAACCUUCUGCACACCUGCACACCAAGUGAUCUGGCAACGCUGUACCACAGCACACCAACAAACCCCGGGCACGGAGGACUGGCCAGCACCAGAGCUGGAAGCAGAGCUGUGCUGUUCCAACAUUUACCCGCUCUUCCCAACCUGCAGAGGAGAGAUCCUGCAGCAGCAUUUCCAAACCAGCGCUACGGCACCACGGACAAGAGCUCCUGAAGUAAGAAGCAUCAUCCAGCAGGAUUCCAUUUUUAUUACCAGUCCCUGAGCAGAGUUUAAGAAAAUCUGACUUAAACUUUUUUUUCCCCUCCCUCCUUCUUUCCAGACUUAAACUGUGCUGCUACCUUAAUUUAGGAGAACUUGGUGGAAAAAGAGUUUAAUUUAUGGAUAAAAUAAGAGUUUGUUCUGAGAAUGUUCCUGUGCUUCUCUAAUUUAAUUUUAGUUCAGAAGAAGAAAAUUUGUGUUGCAGAGACAUGUCAAGGCUGAGAUUUUCAUAUUUUUUUUUUUUUUUUUUGAGUUGGGAAACGAGUUAAUAUUUUCUCUCUGAAAUAUUCCUCCACUGGUGCAUGUUAGGAAGCUUCCCUCUUUAAACUCUUGGUAAUUCCAUUAUUGAUCCAUGCUGAUAUUGUACUCAGUAGGUGAGAAACACAAAUUUAUCUGCAAGUUGUCAAUACGUGUUGAGCUGAACCCGAAGAAAAAGAUGGGACAUUUGCUGCCUUUCAUGUCCAGGCAGCAGUUCUUCCAAAUCACUGGAGGAUGAGACAUUUGUCUGGGAUAAUUCCAUCGCCACGGCAACCGUUCUGUGUUGAAGUUUUCUACCUCACUGUAAAGCUGCUGAAGCAAUCAUGUUGACAUUUGGACAUGUCUCCUGACCUGGGACAGAAGUGUACAGACUCAACACACCCGAGCUCAUCUGGAGACCCAAAACCUCUCCUACUACUGAUGACUUUAACAUGGUUCGGGUUGUGGAGUCUUGUUAGACACCAGAACAGUUUGGUAGUGGUUCCUUUAAAAACUGGUAUUGACAGGAGCGCCUCGGAUCCAUCAGCUGUUAAAUGGACCAGAUUUCACUCAGGUUUCUGCCAGUCACUGUCCAGCACCGUCCUGAGGGGGCUUUGUCUCCAGUUGUCCUCAGAGCGACCUCGUCCUCAGAACUUGUCCACAUUGUCCUCAGAGGUCCCUUUAGUAGCAACCUGGUCAGCCCUUGUUUCCGUGGUGACGGUGCAGAAAAACCCCUGAAAACAGACUCAGUUAACUGUGAAUAAAUAAAGUCUCAGGAUGCUUUGAUGUCUGUGCUGUUUGAAAAGUUGACUUUCUUUGUUUUUGGUGUUUACUUGUAAAUUCAUGUACAAAUGAAAAUAUUGUUUUGAGAUUUGUAUGACAGGUUUGGAUAAUAAAGUGAGAGGUGUA